CCUUGGUUCAUUUAGAGUCACCUUGAUGAGCUAGAUUAUCCCGUUCUGCCGCUUAUUUCAUUUAUUAAAGGAUCCCUUCCUUAAGUGGACCGACAGUCUCUACUUAUUUGUCCGACUUCGCACCAACCUCUAUUCCUUCCCUCUCCGCGGACAUUCUCCUCAAUGGCCUCUAGAAGAGGGUCGACGGUUACUCGUGCUUGUGAUUCGUGUCGUAUGCGUAAGGUCAAAUGUGAUGCAUCAGAGGAUUGCUCCAAUUGCCGACUUUCUGGUCUUCCUUGCCAAUACACCUCUGCGCGGAGAAAGCGGGGCCCCAAGGUGACCAGGGCACUGAGGGCUAUAGAGAAAGCACGUCAAGCCACGCCUAAUGCAUAUACUCCUGCCCUGGAGGACCGUUUGCCUUCCAAUGAGGGCCCGAUGUUCCCGCCUACUCCAUCCAUUUGGGCAGAUAGCCAAGGGCAGCAAGGACACGAAGACCUCACCCCAUCUUUUAGCGGUACAGAAAUCGUGCCAACAACGGAAUCCGCUGGAGCAAUCCGUGAUAGUUUGGUGCAGUCGAUGAACUGCUCAAUUCCAUCUAUUCCUGCUCUUAAUGUCAUCAACCUCUGUAUAGAACUCUACAUGAAAUACACGUUUCCAACGGCCCCAUGUGUGCAUGAACCCACUCUUCAGGCAAGCGCCAACAAGUUCUUUGCGGAAGAUUCUAGCGCACAACUGUUUGGCACAGGUAGUUGGGGGGACAAAGUAGUAGACAUGAGGGCAUUCACUCUGCUCACCGCCGUAUGCGCGUCGGUGGCGUCUGUUUUGCCCAAGUCCUUACUCCCGUAUCAGGAGGCUCUCGCAGAGCCAUGUCUCAAGGCUUCCCGAAAUAUGCUAAAGGUCUUCGAGGACUUUGAUAUCGAACACCCAUGUGCCACUUCAAUUAUUUCGAGAUCAUUGCACUCUACAGCUUUGCAACAAAUCACUGGGAAAAGCGCAUUGGCAUACCAUAUCCUCGGGCAAGCUACUUUGCUACUUCAAACUAUGCGUCUUUAUCGUGAAGAUGCCUUGAGCAGCCAUAAUGCACUUCAGGCCCAACUACUUCGAAAUGCUUUCUGGCAAUUAUUCGCAGCAGACAAAGCGUCAGCCUGUCUAGGCAGCCGUCCGUUUGUGCUUCAUGAGAUGUUGUUUGGCGAAGAACUGACCUUGCGCUUAAGCGGAGAAACUAUGGUGCCACUGAUGAGCACAUCCAGUCCUUGGUUUGAAGAGACAUUAGAAGGAAAGAUUCUACUAGGAUUCCAUUUUAUUCCUCGCCUCUGGUCUACGGCUGCCAGCCUUCUCUCUGAUAUAAAGGCAUAUGGAGGAGUAGACGAGGAUGCUGAGAUGAAGACCCGACUAAUACAAGAUUACGUGGUAUUUUCCGGCAUUCUUGAUGAACUUCCACAGUGGCUACAGACCUCUAGUCUUAUUGUUUGUAGUGAAGACGGAAGGGCCACCCAAUGUCAAAGAACUAUGUUCUGGGUUCAGCGAUGCACGAUCAUGGUAACUUACCAAUGUUUAAGGCUUGUCAUUCUGCAACAAUGCAUUAAUAGCAAGGCCUGGGAUAUUAUAGGUUUGAAUGGCCUGGCUCUUACUAUAGCAAUGGCGAAGAUCGGCAUAAUUUAUGAUUUCAUUCAGACACUAGAGGAUAUUCCAUUUGUUUAUCUCCAAGUCAAGGGAGAGCCAACAGUGCAAAGGAUUCGUGUAGUUGGCAGCGUUUUGCUUGAGAUGACUUUCAAUCCUGAGAAUGAGACUAUACAAGAACGUGCAAAGAAUUAUUUUGUUAAACUUCUAGAUAUAUUAGGUAGGCUGGACUCAAAGGCUUCAGAUGAAAUGAGCAGCUGGCAGCCGUGAAACAAAUACAGCGAAAUACACGGGAUAUGAUAUAGGUGUGUUUCAAAUGAAAGUUUACAAUAUCGGGAAACUUAAG